CUCUCUCUCUCUGCAUCUUCUUUAUCCCUCCUUCACUCCAAAGACCAAGUAGGCUCACCAUCCCUCCACCUCCACUUCUUCUUCUUUUAUUUCUGGUGCUGAUCUUUCAUUAUAAGGAAAGCAAUCUUCCUUUAGUGAAAAAUCAGCUAUUGCUUAUCAGUAGAGAAUAGAAAGGUUUUCAGAAGCACUAGGAUAAGUGCUGUUCAAGUGAAAGGCAGGAAGGCUAUGCUUGGUAGAGAAGUUAGAUAGAGUGAGGCUUUAUGAUCUCUGAUAUGCCACCAGUUAUGGCUCAGAGCAUGAGGUCAGGCAGGUCUUCUUUUGGCUCCAGUAAUGGAUAUGAAACUCCUCACCAUUCUUCUGCUACUUCAAGGGAGGAGGAUUAUGAUAGUGAUGGUUCAAAUUUUGCUCCAUUCACACCAACUGCACUUUCAUCAGAUCUUUCUCGUGAACUUUCCGGUGCCAUACCGUAUAUUGAUAAGUUUCAGGUGGAGGUGUUUCUGAAGGCUAUGCAAAAGCAGAUUCACUCUGCCGGAAAACGCGGUUUCUUUUCUAAAAAAUCCGUGGGCCCUCAAGUUCGAGAAAAAUUCACAUUUGAAGAUAUGCUCUCUUUCCAAAGGGAAACUAUCCCGACAUCAGUUUUGAAGAUAAAUGGAGACCUUGUUACUAGGGCAGUUAAGAUUUUUCAGAUCAUUUUGAAGUAUAUGGGAGUUGACUCCUCUGAUCGGGUGAUUGCUAUAAGCUUAGAUGAACAAAUUGAGCUUAUUGGCAAACUAUAUAAGCUGGCAUUGAAGCGACCUGAGCUUCGAGAUGAACUGUUUGCACAAAUUUCAAAGCAAACAAGAAAGAAUCCUGAUAGGCAAUAUUUGAUUAAGGCAUGGGAGCUGAUGUACCUCUGUGCAUCUUGCAUGCCUGCUAGCAAAGAAAUUGGUGGAUACUUAUCAGAGUAUAUUCAUACUGUGGCACAUGGAGCGACUACUGAUUCUGAGGUCCAAGUCUUUGCAUUGAACACAUUAAAUGCUUUGACACGCUCUGUUAAAGCUGGACCUAGACGCACAAUUCCUGGCCGGGAAGAGAUUGAAGCUCUAUUGACUGGAAAAAAGCUAACAACAAUAGUGUUUUUCUUGGAUGAAACUUUCGAGGAAAUUACGUAUGACAUGGCCACAACCGUUACUGACGCUGUUGAGGAGCUUGCGGGGAUAAUUAAGUUGUCAACAUUUUCUGGCUUUAGCCUUUUUGAGUGCCGUAAGGUUGUUACUGGUUCUAAAGGACCAGAUCCUGGAAAUGAGGAGUACAUUGGUUUAGAUGACAACAUGUAUAUUGGAGAUCUACUUGCUGACUUCAAGGCAUCCAAAGACAAGAGUAAAGGAGAGAUCAUGCACUGCAAAUUGGUAUUCAAAAAGAAGUUAUUUCGGGAGUCAGAUGAAGCUGUAACAGACCAAAUGUUCAUGCAAUUGUCUUAUGUUCAAUUACAACAUGAUUAUAUACUGGGGAAUUAUCCUGUUGGGAGGGAUGAUGCUGCAAAGCUAUCUGCUUUGCAAAUAUUGGUUGAAAUUGGAUUUGUUAAUGGCCCUGAGUCAUGCGUUGAUUGGCGAACACUGCUAGAGCGAUUUCUACCCAGACAAAUCGCAAUUACUCGUGCAAAGAGGGAAUGGGAUUUGGACAUCAUUUCUCGUUAUCAGUCAAUGGAAAAUCUGACAAAAGACGAUGCCAGGCAACAAUUUUUGCGGAUCUUGAGGACUCUUCCUUAUGGAAAUUCAGUUUUCUUUGCUGUUCGUAAGAUUGAUGAUCCAAUUGGACUCUUGCCAGGAAGAAUUAUAUUGGGCAUAAACAAGCGAGGGGUUCAUUUUUUCCGUCCAGUUCCAAAGGAAUAUUUGCAUUCAGCUGAGCUAAGGGACAUAAUGCAAUUUGGUAGCAGUAAUGCCGCUGUAUUCUUUAAGAUGAGAGUUGCUGGUGUCUUACAUAUAUUUCAAUUUGAAACUAAGCAGGGAGAGGAGAUAUGUGUUGCCCUUCAGACACAUAUCAACGACGUGAUGUUACGCCGCUAUUCUAAAACUCGCUCUGCUUCAAAUGGUUCGGUUAAUGGAGAUCUUUCAAAUAAUUCCAAGACUCCAAACAUGGAUGUUUAUGAAAAACGUAUUCAGGACUUAACCAAAGCCCUUGAAGAAUCCAAAAAGAAAGUCAAUGAAUUGCUGGAAGAUUCAAAUGAAAGAGAAAAUCAAGAAUUGAAAAUACAUGAAGAGCUGGAAAGCUUGAAAGAUUGCUUGAGAUCAGAGAAGCAGAAUUUAGCUGCGGUGGCUAGUGAUUGUGAUAAAUUCAAAUCAUUAUUUGAAGAAAAAGAUUCAGAACUUCAGGCUACGUUAGCAGAGAAGCAGAGCAUGGAAAUGAGGCUUGCAAAAUUGAGUCCUCUAGGGUUGGAGAACAAUAUCAGAAAGGAAUUGGUAGAAGCAAAUAAUCAGGUCUUACGCAAGAUCCAAGAUGAGUUGAAAGCACGACUCAUGGAGUUGCAUGCUGCAGAAGAAACAAAGAGGAAGCUUUUGAAUGAAAAAGUGUCAUUAGAAGAAAAAAUUUCAAGGCUUGAAAAGAAGAAAUCUGAUGAGAAAAACUUUGAACAUGAAUGCAAGGCAUUAACUGUUCAAGUUUCCGAGCUUCAAAAUAAACUGGAAGAGGUUAAACAGGAUUUGGCAGUUGCACAAUCCACUCUUGCAGCAAAGGACAGGGAGUUGGAAGUGUUGCAGAAUAAUCUAAAGGAGCUCGAGGAAUUGAGAGAAAUGAAAGAGGAUAUUGAUCGAAAGAAUGAGCAAACUGCAGCAAUUUUGAAGAUGCAAGGGGCACAGUUGGCUGAGAUGGAAGGACUUUAUAGAGAGGAACAACUAUUGAGGAAAAGAUACUUUAACAUGAUAGAAGAUAUGAAAGGAAAAAUCAGAGUCUGCUGUAGAUUAAGGCCACUUAGUGACAAAGAAAUUGGUGCAAAGGAAAGAAAUGUGGUCACAAGUGCUGAUGAGUUCACUGUCGAACAUUUGUGGAAAGAUGAGAGAAAACAACAUAUAUAUGAUCGUGUUUUUGACGAAAACUCUACUCAAGAAGAUGUAUUUGAAGAUACAAAGUUUUUGGUGCAAUCUGCUGUUGAUGGAUACAAUGUGUGCAUCUUUGCAUAUGGACAAACGGGCUCCGGGAAGACAUUUACAAUUUAUGGAUCUGAUAGAAAUCCCGGACUAACACCAAGAACUAUCUCUGAACUUUUUAAAAUUAUCAAGCAGGAUAGCAACAAGUUCUCCUUUUCCUUGAAGACUUACAUGGUGGAAUUGUAUCAAGAUUCAUUGGUAGACCUCCUCCUACCAAAGUCUGCAAAUCGUUUGAAACUGGAAAUAAAAAAAGAUUCGAAGGGCAUGGUUGUUGUGGAGAAUGUGUCUGUUGUAGCUGUUUCGACAUACGAGGAGCUAAAAGCUAUUAUUCAGAGAGGAUCUGAGCAGCGUCAUACAACUGGAACCCUUAUGAACGAACAGAGUUCUAGAUCUCACUUGAUUCUUUCUAUUAUUAUCGAAAGUACAAAUCUUCAAACACAAACUAUUGCUAGGGGAAAGCUAAGUUUUGUGGAUCUUGCUGGAUCUGAAAGAGUGAAAAAAUCGGGCUCUUCUGGUAAACAGCUAAAGGAAGCUCAAAGCAUUAACAAAUCGCUCUCAGCACUUGGGGAUGUCAUUAGUGCAUUGUCUUCUGGGGUCCAACACAUCCCUUACCGAAACCACAAGCUAACCAUGUUGAUGAGUGAUUCACUUGGUGGAAACGCCAAAACGCUAAUGUUUGUCAACAUAUCUCCCGCUGAAUCAAACUUGGAUGAGUCUCACAACUCCUUGACGUAUGCAUCAAGAGUGCGGUCUAUAAUCAACGAUCCCAGCAAGAACGUUUCGUCCAAGGAAGUGGAACGUUUGAAGAGAUUAGUGGCGUAUUGGAAGGAGCAAGCUGGGCAGAAGGGGGAGGAUGAGGAUUUGGAGGAGAUCCGAGAAGAGAGACCUACCAAGGAUAAAACCGAUGGCCGUGUUUCCAUGUAAAACACACCACGUUUCUGGUUACCAACUGCUGGUUGGGAAGAACGCGAUACACUGCACGUGAAGUGGAUUAACCAAACCGGCAUUUGUAAGGUAGCAGAUGAACCAACCCCUUGUCUGUAUUAAUUUCUUAUGGGGCAGGUUGCUCUCCAGGGUUUUGUUGUUAGAUAGAUUAGAGAAGUGUAAUGAUAUGUGUAUAUUUAAUAUUUUACACGAUGAUGACUCUCCUCUACCUACCAUGUUUGGGGUUAGUAAAUGAGAAAAUUGUCAAUUC